AUGGACAAGAAAGGCUGUGUCACUUUUACCUUCAAGAUGUCAACUUUCACAAAACAUGACCAAAACGCACUAGAAGAUAUACUGGACCUCAGUGCCAAGGUAGAGGAGGAGGGGACAGGUAUUUCACAACCACAGAGGAAGAGAAUAGGGAUUUCAUAUGUUGUUGGAAAGCUGUCCUUCAUUGACACACCCAAGAUUUAUGACCAAGGAUCAAAUGUGGAGGGAAAAGUUAAAGCAGUUCACUACAAUAAUACACCCAUUCCUGACAUGCCAGUGUACCUGUUUGCGGGUGUAAGGUGGUCAGCACGUCUGGUACAGAACCUCACAACUGACAGUGAUGGGAUUGCCACCUUCUCAUUCAGCUCUGCUGACUUUGAAGGGGACAUCCACCUCUACGUUGGCAACAAACAGACGCUGGACUAUGUUGGUUAUAGAAUGCCAUACUAUGUGGUUGGAGAUCACAUGUUGUCUAUGGCCAAACCGUUUUCUCCUGAUACUAAAACAGCCAGCACCCUGGAGGUGAAGAAGAAGGAUCAGCUACUUCUCUGUGACAGAGAAGAAGACAUCUCCAUCAAAUACACUGUAGUUGGAGAGACCCAGGGCUCUGUGGAUGUGAUGUAUCUGGUCUUAUCCAGAGGAGCCAUUCUCAUGCAAGGAGUUAAGCAGGUUGAAGUACAAGAUAAAUCAGUGACUGAGGGCGAGGUGUCCUUCAAGUUGACAGUGUCUGCAGAGAUGGCACCACAGGUCCAGGUUGUAGCUUACACCGUCCUCCCCAGUGAGACUGUGAUCGCCCACAGUGCUGACUUCUCCACCGAGAAAUGCUUCAGUCACAAGGUGUCGCUGGAGUUUUCUCCGUCCUCAGCUGUCCCAGGAGAGGAAACCAUCCUGCAGGUGACGGCCCAGCCAGACUCUCUGUGUGGUGUUAGUGCUGUCGACCAGAGCGUCCUCAUCAAGGAACCAGGGAAGACUCUGAAUGCAGACAAGAUAUUUGCCUUGUUGCCUGUCAGAACAGCAUCCUAUAUUCCAUAUGAGGUUCAAGAUCCUGAUGAAUGCUUACAUGUGAGACCUAAAAGAUAUGUGCCAUACCCUAGAGGCGUCAAUGAAGAUCAUGUUCAUUCAGUUUUCCAGUAUGUGGGGCUGAAGAUAGCAACAAACUUGGUUCUCAGAGUUCCUUGGUGCGUCAAAUACAAAGGAAGAGAAUACCACCAUGGCCCUGUGGCAAUAUCGAGAGUAUUGAGUGCCGAACCUGGUCCUGCUCUCGGAUAUGGUAGAUCACUUUCAUCACCAAUAGAGACAGUCCGCACUUUCUUCCCUGAGACCUGGAUUUGGGACCUGGUGGAAGUUGGAGAGUCUGGAACAAAGGAUGUGUCCCUCACUGUCCCAGACACCAUCACCACCUGGGAGACGGAGGCUUUCUGUUUGUCCCCUCAGGGGUUUGGCUUGGCUCCUCGUAAAGAGAUCACCGUCUUCCAGCCUUUCUUCCUUGAGCUCAGCCUGCCUUACUCCAUCAUCCGGGGGGAGCACUUUGAACUGAAGGCAACCACCUUCAACUACCUGUCCAGCUGCAUCAUGGUCACUGUGACUCCAGCACCCUCUUUAGACUACACCCUUACUCCGCUCUCUGGUGACCAGUACACAUCCUGUUUGUGUGGCAGUGAGCGCAAGACCCUCAGCUGGACCAUGGCCCCCUCAGCCUUGGGGGUUGUGAAUGUGUCUGUGACGGCUGAGGCUGUGGCAUCCCAUGCUUCAUGUGACAAUGAGAUUGUGAGCGUUCCAGAGAGAGGACGUAUCGACGUGGUCACACGAUCUCUCAUAGUAAAGGCGGAGGGAACUGAGAUGACAAAGACCUACAACUUUCUGCUCUGCCCAAAAGGGGAAGCUGUGACAGAGGAAAUAGACAUCCAACUCCCUGAGAACAUGAUUGAUGGAUCUGCCCGUGCUUCACUAUCAGUCCUGGGUGACAUUCUGGGCCGAGCCCUGAGGAACCUGGAUGGGCUGCUGAAGAUGCCGUAUGGAUGUGGAGAGCAGAACAUGGCGCUCCUGGCCCCCAACAUUUACAUCCUCCAGUACCUGGAAAACACACAGCAGCUGACCGCAGCCAUCAAGGAGAAGGCUACCAACUUCCUGACCAGUGGCUACCAGAGACAGCUAAACUACAAACAUGGCGACGGUGCUUACAGCACAUUUGGAUCAGGUACAGGGAACACUUGGCUGACUGCUUUUGUACUGAGAUCUUUUGCCAAAGCACAGUCUUUCAUCUACAUUGACCCAGUAAAGCUUGCUGAGUCUAAGUCUUGGCUGGAUGGCAAACAACGAGAAAACGGCUGUUUCCAGCAGCUGGGAAAACUCUUCCACAACAGAAUGAAGGGUGGUGUGUCUGAUGAAGUGACUCUCAGUGCUUACAUCACUGCUGCCUACUUGGAGAUGAAUACGUCUGUAAAUGAUCCUGUGGUGAACAAGAGCCUUUCUUGUCUCAGGGAGUCCAUCAGUGACCUCAGCAACACCUACACUACAGCUGUGCUGGCGUACGUCUUCACCCUGGCAGGAGACACGGAGACCCGUGCUCACCUUCUGAAGCACCUGGACACUGUUGCAUCAAACCAAGGAGGUUUCCUCUACUGGUCUCAGACAGCGACAGAAACGUCAGCCUCUCUGUCUGUGGAGAUCAGCUCCUAUGUGCUGCUGGCCAGACUCAGCGGCUCUCCCGCUGCUGAAGACCUGGGCGCCGCCACCAGCAUCGUCAGAUGGCUGACGGGCCAGCAGAACUAUUAUGGAGGUUUCUCCUCUACACAGGACACAGUGGUGGCUCUCCAGGCUCUGGCUCUCUACGCCACUGCAGUGUUCAGUCCAGAGGGUUCCAGCACAGUGACAGUCCAGUCUCCCAGUGGCCAGCUGACAUUUGAUGUGAAUCAGAACAACAAACUGCUCUACCAGGAGAAGCUGCUGCAGGAAGUGACAGGAAAGUUCAGCCUGGAGGUGAAGGGCUCUGCAUGUGCUUCAGUGCAGAUCUCUCUUCACUAUAACAUCCCAACUCCUGCUGAUAUCACCACUCUCAGUGUUGAGGUCAAACCAGAGGCCGACUGCACAUCUCUCAGACCCAAACUCACUCUGAAGCUAAAGUCCCUAUAUAGUGGAACAGCAAGCACUACAAACAUGGUGAUCCUGGACAUCAAAAUGCUCUCUGGCUUUGUCCCAGACCCAGAGUCUUUGAGGAGGCUCAAAGGUGCCCUGCUGGUGGAUCGUGUUGAAGAAAAGGAAGAUCACGUUCUGGUGUACAUAACGGAGGUGAGAGGGAUUCACAGUGAGGAA